CCGGAAAUGAGUUUCUCUGCCGGGUGAAGAGUAGUGUGUGGGCUCAAGAUGGCGGCGCCGGAUGAGUUGUUUUGUUGGGAAGGAGACUGGGGUCUGCCGUCCGUCAGCUCCGACUGUCUGGUGGUUCUGGCCUACGCUCAGUUCGCAGGAGCUCCCCUCAAAGUUAAGAAGAUGUCUAACCCCUGGCGGAGUCCCGGCGGUUCACUUCCUGCUCUGAGGACCAAUCAAAAAGAAAGUCUGUCCAGACCCUCUGAAAUCAUCAUACACCUGAGGAAACAGAAAUUUAACGCAGACUUCGAUCUGUCGGCGAAGGAAGGUGCUGACAGCCUGGCGUUCAUCUCUCUGAUGGAGGAGAAGCUGACGCCUGCUCUGAUUUACACGUUCUGGGUCGAACCAAAGAACUACGUGGAUGUGACUCGCCGCUGGUACGCAGAGCACCUGCCUUUCCCUCUGAACUUCUUCCUGCCCGGACGGAUGCAGCGGCAGCAGCUGGAGAAACUGCGACUGCUGCGAGGAGAAGAGAUCCUGGAGGCCGGAGAGGAGCUGGAGAAGGAGGCCGAUCCUUCAAGUGGUCGGAGCAUUUACAGGCAAAGGAAAAAACUCCUCAGUGGUUCUCUCUGUUGGAAAACUGCUCGUAAGGAACAAAGCUUCCACUUCGGAAAAAGGUCAAAGUUGUACCGUGAUGCUAUCGAAUGUAUGAACCUGCUGUCCCAACGACUCGGCUCACACAAGUUCUUCUUCGGAGACUCGCCGUCGUCUCUGGACGCCUACGUGUUCGGUCGCCUGGCGCCGGUCCUGAAAUCCAAACUGCCCAAUGGGAAACUGCAGCAGCAUCUGAAGUCUCUGGACAACCUGAGCAGCUUCUGCAUCAACAUCCUGCUGCUCUACUUUCCCAGAGACGACCGAGAGAGCUCCAAUCACAAGAUGGCGUCUCAGCCCGAAGGUGGAGACUUCGACCACGUCCCCAACAAGCGGAGGAAGCAGUUCCUGUCGGCUCUGGUGGCUCUGGGCGCCAUGCUGAGCUACGCCCUCCUGACCGGCAUGGUGUCCAUCCAACAUGUCCAGCAGGAGGCGCUGGAGGAGCCGCCGGACCUGCAGACCAUCGGGUCCCAAGACCGCGAGGAGGAAGGAGACGAGUGAUGAAGGACGGAGGUUGAGAUCAGGAUGUUUGACAGGAGACAGAUUCUCAUCCUGGACGAAUGUGAAUUAAUUAACGAUGAUUUUGUGAUUCCUGAAGAAACAGUCACUUUGGUCAUUUUCUCUUUUUAACUGUUACAUUUUUUUAUUUGAUCCAGAACGCGAUCGACUUUUGGUUUAGAUAAAAACCUUUUUUUUGAUCACAGCUCUUUUCAUUUUCUUCCUUUAACAGAAUAAAAAUAUGAAACAAUAAAUUUGUAAAUAAAACAAA